AAGGGCUCGCAAGGGGUUUCACAAGAAUUUUUAGACUCAUUGGAAAGAGUACCAAUCUCCAACUUGGCUAACAAGGAAACUUCUGAUUGUCCUAUUUGUACCAAUAGGUUCGUAGAUGACGAAUAUCCACUUGUAGUGAAGUUGCCCUGUCUGGUUCAAAGCGGCAAAGACCAUCUUUUUGACUUAGAAUGUAUAGGACCAUGGUUGAAGGUGCAUUCAACAUGCCCAUUGUGUCGUUUUGAUGUAUUAGAGGUGGAUAAGAAGAGACGCGAGAAGUUGGAGAAGGAGUUACAGGCAGCCCAAGAUGCCGAUUCUGAAGAGGAGGAAGAAGACUGGGAUGUAUAUGGUUAG